AUGCGUCUCCUUCUCUUCGCGUCGGCCGUCCUGGCCGUUCGACCGUUCCUUAACGAACCGGACAUCGGAAUCGACGACGUGCUCGGGGACACCCCUCAGGGCACCCUACCCGACCUCGAGAAGCUCGUCGGUCUACCGGACUUCGACUGGGCCGCUCGACGCUACCUGAAUGCCUCGUCCUACACGUACUACCGCAAUGGCGCCGCAGGAGAAUGGUCCUACCGCAACAACCUUGAAGUCUACGGACGAUACCGGUUCCGACCUCGCGUCAUGGUUGACGUAAGCCAGGUUGAAUCGACGCUGCCGACUUCUAUCCUCGGGUACAAUUUCUCCGCACCCUUCUAUAUCAGUCCCUGUGCUCGGGCUGGUCUGGCUCAUCCCGAAGGCGAGAAAAACCUGGUCAAGGCAGCAUACGAGGAAGAUCUCCUGUAUAUCCCAUCUCUGUUUUCCUCGGUGUCCAUGGAUGAGAUCGCAGCGGCAAAACCGUCCGAUGGCUCGCAGGUUAUGUUCCAGCAGGUGUAUCUGGACAGUAACGAAACGGAGACACAAGAAGUCUUUGCACAAGCUGAAAAGCUCGGAAGCAAAGCUCUUGUUUUCACCGUCGACUCCGCCGCCGGUGGCAAUCGACAACGUGCCGUUCGCUACAGUAUGGGAUCGGCUAAUACCGAUUACAGCUCCUUCAGCUGGGAGUUCUACAAGAAACUACAGACCAUGACGUCUCUGCCGAUUGUGAUCAAGGGGAUUUCUUCCGUCGAGGACGUACGACUAGCGGUGCAGAACAAGGCCCCGGCUGUGAUUCUGUCAAACCACGGCGGCCGCAACCUGGACAGCAGUCCCUCGCCGCUGGAGAUAGCGUUGGAGAUCUAUCAGGAGGCUCCUGAGCUGUUCCAGCAAAUCGAGAUCUACGCGGACGGUGGCGUGCGCUACGGCACGGACGCGCUCAAACUGUUGGCAUUGGGGGUGCGCGCUGUGGGCAUCGGGCGGCCGUUCAUGUUUGCCAAUACGUACGGCGUGGAGGGAGUGCGCAAGGCGAUUCAACUGCUGAAGCGCGAGAUUGCCGUCGAUGGGGGGAACCUGGGGCUGGGAGAUCUCAAGAAGAUUGAUCCAUCAUAUGUUAAAUGGGCGAACAAUGGAUGGUACACCUAA